AUACCAGACACGCUGAGUCGCGGUCGAUGUUGUUUGGGGGUCCGCUUGAUCUGAAUCCGUUUGGGCCGUUCAUGCACCUUCCAGCGCUGGAACCUUCGCGGGAUGUAGAUGAGUACGAGGACAACGCGAUUGGGACGAUGCCGGAUCAUCCACAUCUACCGACUUUGACUGAGGUUUUGCGCAAUACGGCUGAACCGCCAUAUACGCUCGCCGCUUUCAUGGCUUUCCUCGCCAAGAAUCACUGUCUCGAGAACUUGGAGUUCUGUAUGGAUGCUUCUCGGUAUGGACAAGAGUUCUACUCGUGCGCAGCGGCUGUGUUACGCGUUGGGUGCCAGGAAUCAGCACAGUGUAAGUCGAUUCGGGCGAUGUGGGAAAGAAUCCUGGAGAUCUACAUAACGCAAAACUCUGCUCGCGAAGUCAACCUUCCAGCAAAUGUCAGGGAUGCCUUGCUCGAAUGUCCGAAGGAGCCUGCGCCGCCAGCACCAGAGAACCUCGACAUGGCAGUGAGAUUGACGGUCGAUAUGAUGCGAGAUAGUGUCCUUGGGCCGUUCUUGGUGAGUGCGUCGAAGGGAGCAGAGCCACCUACGGACUCUUGGGCGUACUAUUCGGCUGAAGAUAGACGGCGAUCUUCACAAACACGACACCUAUCGAUGCAGUUUGAGGGACCACGAUGUACACCGCCAGCAUCCAUACGACCAGCAUUCUCCCGGACGUCAUCAUCUACAUCGCGAUUCUCUUCCUCAGCACCAAGCCGGAAUGCGGCAUUGUGGAGGUUCAACGAUGAGAAGAUGCCAAAAUCGGCACCGCUGACGGGUGAGUUUGCAUUGAGAGAUGUCGGUGGAUGUCUUCUGGACGGCGAAACGGCUACCAUCAAGGAGUACCGAGACAUCUGGUCAUCACAUACCGAGCACAACCAUUCGACAUGGCCGCUGGAAUCACCUUCACCCCCGAGAGACGAAGAACAUGAAUCCGAUGAACCUACGAAGAAGGGUAAAACCGAUAAAUGGAAGACGUUGCUGAAGAAGUUAGGAAAGAAGUAAUUUUGAAGGAUACGACGAGCAUAGACGCAUGGAUGGAGAAAAGGCAGUGUACGAUAUCAACGAGAUAAUAACCACGAGAACAGAUGUCGGAUGAAGUACCAGGAUAGAGAGCUUGGGAGGAUAAUUGGAGAGAAGUAUUAUUUAGCUGCACAGGUUUGAGGAUCUGACGAAUGAAACAACCCCU